AAGUUCUAGCUCACUGCUGACCUUUUUCCGAUCUUCCUUUCUAUUUUCAGAGCGUAGAUGGGAAAUCAACUGCUCAUGGGUGCGAUCUAUCGCGGGGCAAAUAGCACAAUGGUCGGGCACGUCCAUUGUAAUUCCUUCGGACUUCGGAAAAGAUCAUAUCCAUGCAUACAGGAAGCGGGAGCCGAAGCCGAGUGGGCUCCACUGUCACUGCCGUCCGAGGCUCAGAAUGCGGGUCGGAGUUAAGACAAAAUGCAAUCGAGACAAACAAUGGUGAAGGAAGUGGCGAGGAGAAACAGUGCGGAGAUGCUUCGUUACACAACGAAUUGGCGUGUUUGAAUUUUGCAGGGGCGAGUGAACCUGCAUGGCCGAAUAACACGUCGUUUGUACUAUGCAAUACAUGUACCUCGGAGCACAGUGAGGCACAUUCGAGUUGAGGUGAGGUGCAUGUGGUUCGAGGAAUUGAAGAUGAUUUGGAGCGGAGCGCAAUUGUCUUAACACGUGGUCGGUCCUAGAUGCUAUGGUACCAGAUGGGAUGGAAUUUGGCUCCCGAGGGCAAAGAGGCUCAUGGCAUUUGAAGUCAUCAUAGCGAAUUCGGCAGGCUUCAAGAAAAGAGGGCCUAUACUGUACUAAAGAACCUGGCACAUACUGCGAGUGAAAUUGAGUUCAUCCACCCAACAGUGCUGCGUCCACUGAAAUAAUAAGGUGGCUUUUUCGAAAAAGCUUUGACCUUGACUUUGAUCGCUAAGGGGCUUGAUUUCAUUCUCAAGCAUUGGGGCGUCAGCUUUCAAACUGUCAUCUGGACAUGGGAGUGAUAAAGAGACGAAAAGAGCCCCUUGCCCACAUCUGAGGGAUAAGGAAAAGGCUGGGAGACUGUCACAGAUAAUGUCAUCAACUUUGGACCCAAUGGUGAUACCAAAGUUGAUGACAUAGCUGUCCUCGCUCAUGC